AACAGAAAAUAACAACAACUGUCCAGAAUCUGAAGUAUGAAGGGAGGGUUGGUUGUGGACGAUGGGUACGUAUACGAACAAGAGAAGAACUUGACUGUUCGGAAGACGUCUCUCUUCUUCGCCGGAGAUGGAUUCACGGCGUACGACCGCAAGGGCUCGUUGGUGUUCCGCGUCGACUCCUACGGCGGUCCCGACUCACGCGAAAACGACGAGGUUGUCCUCAUGGACUCUCGCGGCCGAUGUCUCCUCACCCUCAGAAAAAAGAGACCGAGUCUGCGGCGGAGAUGGGAAGGGUAUAUGGGGGAGAGAUCGAACGGUCAGAAACCGAUCUUCAGCGUUCGGAGAUCGUCGGUGAUAGGGAGGUGCGGGGCGACGGUUGAGGUGUACGGUAGCGACAGGUGCGGGAUGUACCAGAUCGAAGGCGAUUUCUGCCAGCGAAGCUGCGCGGUGGUUGAGACACUGACGCGGCGGACGGUGGCGGAGAUCCGCCGGAAAGUUGACGCGUCCACGAACGUGUUGCUUGGCAAAGACGUGUUCUCCCUCAGCGUGAAGGCAGGGUUCGAUGGAGCGUUUGCGAUGGGACUGGUUUUGGUGCUUGACCAGAUCAACGGUGAAGAGUUCGUGGAGGUUGGCGAAGAACAGGUGCACCCCGCCGCAGAGUAUUAAUGAUUUUUCUUUUCAACACAAUCGAGUGGAGUGUAAAUAAUAUCGUCAAAGUUCUUGUCAACACGAAAUGGAUAAAGUCGACGGGUGUUUCCCUGUGCUUGAA